AUGGCAGUGGUGAAGGUAGACCUUGGUGUCAUCAUUAACCAUGCAGAAGCUGUCUUCAUGCAUUCUGAUAGUGGUGUGAAGGGGCAGCAUCUCGAUAAAGGACAGAAGGGAAUUACAAGGUUGAAAAUUGAUCGAAAUCCUUUCGCCAAAGGUUUUAGGGACCCCGGGAGAAACAGAGUUAACCUGGAGCGAGUGAUGGACAAUUACCCCUGGAGGACCAUAGACUGCCGACCAACGCUGGACUUUCCAACCUUCAACAUCCAAAAACAAAUUAGCUGCUCUGACUCUCGGCUGGGCGUCUCCUGCGGCGUUGGCCCGGUUCCUCUGGCCUCGGUGUACUCUCCGACCUGCUCCUUCCACAUGAGCCCGGCUUCCCUGGGGAUGGGCUGCCGGGAGAGCCCGCUGUGCGGCGUGGACGGCCCGCUCUGCUACAAGCUGGCACCGGCCCCUCCUCAGGCACUGGCCUGGCCUCUCUACGACAGGCUGAGGGGGAGCGGCAGCGGCAGCGGCGACCCCCUGGCGGCGCCCAGCCCUCCGCCGCUCAUGUUCCGCCUCCCCGCCUUCCUCUGCGGCAGCAAAGGGGCGGACUGCAGCGGCGGCGACCCGCAGCUCCCGCUCGCCAGGCAGCCGCCGGGCGCCGUCUCUCAGCAGGGUGUGUACGCCCCCCGCCGCCCUUACACUCUGCACGGCUACACGACCCCCCCUCCACGCCGCUCGGGACACUGCAGCCUCUCCCGGGGAUGGGCUGCUGGCGGCCAGGAGGAGCUUUAGAGACGCCGCGCUGCGCUGAGCCAGUGGCCGCAGACCGUGGAGCACAGCCUCUGACCCACCGCCUCUCAAGUCCGGGCUUCUGAACGGAGCGGGACCCCUCCGACCCAGUAAGGCUCGGAAAACGCGGGAAAAUGCAAUGCAGGAAAGCCCCCUCCCCUCCUCUCCUCAGGUGGCAGACAAGAGGGGCUGGGACUUGAGAAGCUUUUCUUGAAAGUAGAAGUUACCGGAAUGCAAGCUGAACGUUUAAAUAAAACCAGGGAUCGCUGCAGAAAUUCGUUUUGCAAAUAACCGCGUCGGUGGGAUUUACAUUCGAACAGGAGUCUUAAAAGCAACCCAGCAACGGAAACUGUUGGCUUGGACAGUAAAAUAAUCUCCGGAACUGUAAAUAAUAUUCAAUUAAAACACACACACACACACACACACACAGCUUGUUGGUUCACACAAAUCCUUUUUUUCUGGUCACAGGUUUUAUUAAGACUAACAAAUAUUUAGUUCAAGUGCGCUCCAAAACUUUGGCACUUACAGUUUCUUGAGUGUUAGAACAUAAUGCAAGACGGUUUAAUUGCAUUUAUGAGGCAAUCCCAGUCUAACACUAAGCCAGUCCACUCCCCAACAUUUGAGAAAAAUACAGAACUGGGAACACUCAACCGGUCUGGCAGCGUCUGAGGAGAAAGGAUCGUGUCCUGUCAAUGACCUCUCCCUCUUUCCAGUUUUUUUUUCCCCUAUUAUUUCAGAUUUCCAGCAUCCGCCACAUCUUGCUUUUUCCAUUCCCAAAAUUGUUCGUCGGAAAGGUUGGAACACUUUUAGCAAAGUCUGCAUAUUUCAGGCAGAUUUGAAUCAGAUGCCGAUUUUAACAAAAAAAAAUUCCCCAGAAAAUUAGCGACUCCCUUAAACUGGCUCGCACCUCUUGUAUGAGCCCACCGUAAACUUUCAACCAGUUUAUAAAGGUCUUGAUCCUCACGUGUUUUAUGAUCACUAUGUCUCGGCGUUAAUUAUUUUGGGUCACAUUUUUAACUGGAUUGCGUGCCUGUAUACCACACACUCUAUAACACACAGCAUCCUCGCAUUGACUUGUAGAGAGCAGGGUCAGCGGCAGUGAAACAUGGUGUCUGUUUCCGGCAGCCUCGCUUCUUUUUGACAAUUGGUGUUUACUUCAGUUCGGUAGAAGUGUUGAAGUGGCGUUUAACGUCGCCAAAAUGCUUAAGAGUCGACACGGGAAUCUCUUGAAGAGCAGUGAUCGAAUCUUUAUAUCUGUGAGUGUCUUCAAAGUAAAACCUCUGAUGGGAGACGGGUCACACGCUAAUCAUACAAUGGUAGCUUAACGCCUGGACAUCUUUGUGUGCUUUUGAUAUCUCAUUUUAAAGUGACAAGAUCGUACUUUAACAAUUAGUCAAUUCACGGAGUUUAUAAAGAUCCUGUCAAUUUGCAAACAUUUUCACCAAGUCCAUUUUUAACUAAGUUAUUUACAAUCAGAUUCCGUGACUUUAAAAUAAUAAAACAAAUGAAGGGGAAUUGCAGAUUGUUAGGAGGGCACAUCAUUGUUUCUCAAAUGGUAGAUCUGUCGCCACGGUACAGUCUGUAUUAUGAUGCUUGGGACUGGAGAUAGAAGGCCAACCUCAGUAAGGUAUCUUGUGCAUCAGAAUAUACUUACACUCCCACGCCUAUCCAAAUCCUUAUAAACUCCUUGGCAAGAAACAGGAGACCUCUCGUCGGAGAUUUAACUGUCAACUAGUAUUAGGUUACUUUCAAUGAAAAUAUGAAUCAUUGUUAGAAAAUCUUUCCAUAUGCACAGGGGGAAAAAAACUAUUUGUUUUCAAUUAAUGGGAUAGGAAAUUCAUUUUUUCUUUGCUGAUCUA